GUGUGUGUGUGUGUGUGUGCAGUGAACGGUGUGCCGUGGCCGCAGGAUUCUGCCCGGAGGAACAGCCACACCUUCAACUGUCGCAUGCUGAAGAGGCCGCCUGACGAGCUGGAUGCAGAGAACACAGAGGCUCGGCAGCAGUACGAGAUCAUGCAGUGCUUCACCGUGUCCCAACCACGGAGCAUGCAGGAGGAGGGAGAGGACCUGCAGAGCUGCCUCAUAUGUAUUGCCUGCCGUAUUCCUCGCACUCAGCCUUUCAGCACUGAGUCCUUCAUCACCAAGCAGGACCCCACAGGGAAGAUCAUCUCCAUAGAAACCAGUGCUUUGCGAGCGACGGGCCGGCCGGGCUGGGAGGAUCUGGUCAGGAAGUGCAUCUAUGCUUUCUUUCAGCCGCAGGGCAAAGAGUCCUCCCACGCCAAGAAGCUGCUGCAUGAGGUGAUGACCCACGGCACCGCGAUCAGCCCGUUGUACCGUUUCACGUUAAGCGAUGGGACCCCGCUCAGCGCUCAUACCCGCUGCAAGUUCUGCUGCCCCCCCAACCCUGAUGUUCAGCCCUUCAUUAUGGGCAUCCACACUAUUGACAGGUACGAUUACAAACAAAAAAACGUUUUAUCAAAAGGCUGCGUGAUCUGA